AUGGGCGUCGAGAAGGCCGAGAGCCCCUGGCGCGGGCUGGACGGCCAGAUCGAGCAGCUGAUGAAUUGCAUGCCCCUGCCCGAGGAGGACGUGAAGGGCCUGUGCGACAAGGCGCGGGAGAUCCUGGUGGAGGAGUCCAACGUGCAGGCGGUGAAGUGCCCCGUGACUGUGUGCGGGGACAUCCACGGCCAGUUCCAGGACCUGCUGGAGCUGUUCCGCAUCGGGGGCUGCUGCCCGGACACGAACUACCUGUUCAUGGGGGACUACGUCGACAGGGGGUACCACUCAGUGGAGACGGUCACGCUGCUGGUGGCGCUGAAGGUCCGCUACCGGGACAGGAUAACCAUCCUGAGGGGCAAUCAUGAGAGCAGGCAGAUCACGCAAGUGUACGGUUUCUACGACGAGUGCCUGAGGAAGUACGGCAACGCGAACGUCUGGAAGUACUUCACCGACUUGUUCGACUACCUGCCCCUGACGGGCCUGGUGGAGAACGAGAUCUUCUGCCUGCACGGAGGCCUGUCGCCGACCCUGGACACCCUGGAGCACAUACGGGCGCUGGACAGGGUGCAGGAGGUGCCACACGAAGGGCCCAUGUGCGACCUGCUCUGGUCGGAUCCUGACGACCGGUGUGGCUGGGGCAUAUCCCCUCGGGGGGCUGGCUACACGUUUGGCCAGGACAUCUCUGAGCAGUUCAACCAUGCCAAUGGCCUGAGCCUCAUAUCCAGGGCGCACCAGCUGGUCAUGGAGGGCUACAACUGGUCGCAUGAGAAGAACGUUGUGACCAUCUUCAGCGCACCAAACUACUGCUAUCGCUGUGGCAACAUGGCAGCAAUCAUGGAGACGGGAGAGCAACUAGAAAAAGACUUCCAGCAGUUUGAGCCAGCUCCACGGCGUGGUGAACCAGAGGUAUCAAGGAGGACACCUGACUAUUUCCUGUGA